AUGGGGACCAGUGCCAAGGAUAAGAUUGCGUACGAAGCGCUGAUGUCAGAGGAUUCGAGAUACUUCCAGGACCAGCAAGCUCAGACGGAGCACAUCGGAAGAAGAACAUCAAUGUUGUCUGCACACUUGAACGAGACGAAGCCGACAUACGAUGUGAUGGCCUUCCAGGUCUCAAGCCUCAUGGAGUCCCUGAACAAGCAGCUGCCUUACCUCCUCGGUCCUCGCUUCAGAUCCGAAGAGCGCGAAGCACCGAGCCCAGUUGCUGCCGAGCCCGGGACUCCAAAGAAGGCGACAAAUUUGCAGGAGAUGAAGGUCCACAUUAUGGGCCUCCGCAGGCUACUGGACAAGGAGGGGGCAGCUCACAUGCACAAGCUUGAGGCCGUGCAGAAGAAUUUGAAAGAAGUCAAGCAGCAAACCGACAAGGCCGCCGGGUCGUCCAUCUCGAAGAUAGUCGACCAAACUUCUGUGCUCGAGAAGAGCGCUUCAAUACGGGGAAUGCUGAAGGUCUUGGAUGCUGGUGGUUCUUCUAGUGGCCACGGUGACAAUUGGCGUACUGAUGUGGAACAGGAUGAGAUACUACGAGAAGAAGCAUUUCAUCUGAGUCUGCCCACAAACAAGAUGUCGAAGGCAGGGCUAGGACAUUGA